CCUCGCCUAUUUCUUCGAAAUCCAAAAUGGCGACCGACAGAUAUGCAAGUUCUCUUUCUCCUCGUCCUUCUCUCCUCGCUCGUCAGUCCUCUAUGCUAGGGGAGGAGGACAUAGAGAGAUCACUCUCUCCUACUACAAUGCAAACGCGAUUGCGUCACAUGUCUAAAGGCUAUGUUGGUGGCAUAGAUUUAAAGUCUACACUUCUGGAUGAGGAUGAGGGAGUUUGGUCUCAUUUAAUGAAAUCCAGACAUGUUGUAAAGUUUAGAAGCUACUUGAGACAAAGAGCAAGAAAUGACUACAUAUUGUGCUGCCUACCAAAGAAAAACAGAUGGAGAAAGAGAAUAAAGACCCUCGUUUAUUCGAGGUAUUUUAAUGGUGUCAUUGGUUUGCUGGUCAUUAUUCAUUGCAUUGUACUUGCUACUUAUAAAUCUUACUCUGCUAAUGAUCUCAAGGGAUAUAAUAAGAAUUUGCUAUACAGCACAAUAGCAUUUUUGCUAGUGUAUAUUGUUGAAGCUUGCCUGAGGAUCAUAGCUGAUGGGCUCAUCAUGCAUCCUUCGGCCUACCUGAGGAAAAUACCAAACCUCGUCGAUGUCUUUGUCAUUUUUGUUAGUUUUAUAUACCUGGUUACUCCCUUUGGUCUUGUAAUAGGAGAAGUGUUUGCAGCCUUGAUCACUCUGAGACUCUUUCGAGUCAUGCUUCAGUUAAAGACUGUUAGGUUUCUCUUCAGGGCUCUAGGGAGUUCCUUGUUUCCAUUGCUCUAUGUAGCUUGGGUCACCUUCUGCAUAAUGAUGUUCUUUGCUUUAGUUGGACUCGAAUUAUUCAGUGGUGGACUACAUAAAGCAUGCUAUGUGAAUUAUACUGACACUGAUACAUUGGUAAUGAGACAGUUUCAGGUGAGUCAGUUUCCAUGUCAUGAUCCCGACUACUUUGGAGGGCACAACUGCUCAUUAGCUACUGAUAAACCGGAGGAUGCGUUUUGUGAGAAUUGGCCCGAAGGCCCCCACAGUGGUCUUGUUGGAUUUGAUAACAUUGGUAUAGGACUACUAACUGUGUUUCAAUGCAUUACACUCGAGGGAUGGACAUCAAUAUUGUAUCAGUAUGAGUCUGUCUAUGGGACUAGUUUUGUUUGGAUUUACUUCAUUUCACUAAUUUCCUUUGGAUCAAUAUUUAUGCUAAACUUGCUCCUCGGAGUUUUAACAAGUGUUUUCAUUGGUGUUAGUGAUCAUCAAGAAGUUGAGGGUCAUCUUAGAGUUUUGAAGAAGAGUAGAAAGAUAAAGGAAGAUUAUGAUGGCUACAAUGAAUGGAUGAAGAGAGGCGGGUACUGUCAUCAUGGGGGCGGAGCUAAUGAAAAUGAUGAUGGUGAUGUUGAUGAUGAUGAUGAUCAGGAAAUUGACGAAGAAUUUAACAAGCAUGCUAACAGCGAGAUGAAUAAUAGCACAUGUAAUAGUACUAAAUGGGGCCCGUUUUUGUUUUUCAAUAAAAGGUUGAGAUCAGUUAUUCGUCAUGUCGUCAAAUCUCAUGUUUUCUUCUGGAGCAUGAUAGCAAUAAUUUCUAUUAAUUUCAUGUUUUUAUCUGCCGAUUUUUAUCCAAUUGACAAAGAAUGGAUUUCAUCACUAAUUAUUAUUAAUUAUAUUUUUACCGGCAUUUAUAUCAUUGAGUGUUUUUUAAAACUUUACAGUUUGGGCCCAAGACGAUACUUCACCUCACAAUUUAAUAGGAUUGAUUUCUUGUUCACACUCAUUAAUAUUAUUGAUAUAUUAGCAUUGGUCCACAUCAGUGAUAUAUAUUUCUCAGUCAGUUCAAUCGUUAAUGCUUGCAGAGCUAUCAGAUUGAUCUCUGCCUUUAAGUACACUCGAUAUUGGAAGGGAAUGAGAGCUAUAAUCUCAACAUUUGCAGGAGUAGGUGUGGUCAUAUUGAGUGUAAUGGCUCUUCUACUGUCUUUCAUAUUCACUGCCUCGCUCCUAGGAAUGAGAAUGUUUGGUACCAGGUUGUUUGACAUAACUCACCUUCAUCCAACUUUUAAUGAUUUCGUCGACUCAUUUUUAUUAGUGUUCCAGCUAACGACGACAGAAGAUUGGAACACUAUCAUGUACAGGUCUGGGCUUACAAGUGAUGAGAGGUUUACGUAUAAUAUUGGGAACUUUGCAAUAAUCAUCUACUAUCUUUAUAUCAUAAUAAUUGGAGCUUUUAAUAUUGUUAACAUCUUUCUGGCUAUUGCGAUUGACAAGCUAUCAGAAGUGAAGGCAGUAAAUGAAGAAUCCACUCACAGACUAGAGCAGAGAGAAGAAGAGAGGAAAGAGCUGGAGGAGCAGCUCAAUGCUUUAAAAGACCCCCUACAAUAUUUCAAACUGUCCCAGACCCUACGCAAAGUCCUGAUAUUCUAUUCGAGUAAUUUAAAGGAAGAGGAGGAGCUGCAAGAGACCAGGAAGAGGAGGAGGGAGAGGAGCGUUAGUGAAGCUCACGUUAAAGUAGACAGAUCUGUCUCGCUACCUCUGGCGGAGAUAAAGAGAAGGAGUUUUGCAAGUGCUCAUGCUGUUUCUGAUCCUGGAAGAAUGACAGAGGAAGAGGGAGAGAGGAGAGAGCAGCUAAAGCAUUACCUGACUGGUAUGGUACCUCAGAAAGUAUCAAUCGCUAAUCCACUCGGGAAAUUCUUUAAAUUGCAGCACUCGGCGUCCUCCAUGGCGACCGCCUCCCAGUUGAAUACCGGAGUAAAAGCAAUGACUCUAGAAUUGACCGAGACCACUCCGCCCACUUCUAGAGCCGACCAAUCAAAAUCAAAGAAACCCGAUAUUGAUAAAGACGAGGAGGAAGUGACUGAUUUCUGUCGAAACAAUUCGAUUAAUUCUCUUGGUGAUUGUUCACUGGAAUUGAAUACUCCGGCUUCGCUAGUAGCCCCGCCCAGUCCAUUGGAUCCGCCCACUGAUGCUUCGGUUGCUAGAUUAGUGAGGAAGAGCUCUUUGGAAGACAUUGAUUUGAUAAUACCACCUGAGUCUGAGAGAAGUGGUAUGGCUAAUGGCGACAAGGGGCUGGCUAUGAAACCAACUAAGUUUAAAAAGAUCCGCAGGGCAUGGAGCAUUUUUAAAGAAAAAGGUUCAUUAUUGCUCCAUUGGUUAUCAAACUAUUUUGGUAGCAUAAUAAUUGACCCAAGACUGGAAUUGAAGGAAAUUCCAGCUCAUUCUGCUUUCUUCAUACUAGCACCUGAUAAUAGGCUGCGUGUGUAUUUUUACAAUGUUGUAAAGUCUAAACCAUUUCAAACUGUUACUUUCACCAUCAUUAUACUAAGCAGCUUAUUGCUAACCCUUGAAAUACCAGUCAGGUCUGAAAGCAGUCUCCUCUGUGGAAUACAGGGGACUAUAUUCUUCUUUGAUAUAUUCUGCUCAGUCUGGUUCCUCCUAGAAUUCAUUUUAAAAAUUAUUUCUCUUGGUGCCAUCAUCCACAGAGGCUCUUAUUUCCAUUGCUUGUUUAACAUAAUUGAUUUCUUUGUUGUCGUAACGACCAUCUUUCCACUGAUACUGCACCUUGCUACCGCUAAUCUUAACGAUGAUGGGAUUUGCUUGCCCUACAGUCAGAGGUUGUAUCAUGAGCAGAAUAGCUACAUGUACAUUGAAGUCAUAUUGGUCUUUAGGGUCUUGCGUCCUUUGAGACUCUGGAGAGUUGAAGGAUUAUUUCUCGUUACCAAAGGGCUAUUUUCUUCUCUAAGGAGGAUGGGCUAUGUAUUCUUUGUUGGAACUGUUUUGUUGUUAAUUUUUGCGGUCAUUGGAGUACAACUUUUUAAGGGAAGGUUUUUUUAUUGUACGGAUUUUGUGAGUCACACUGAAGAGGAAUGCCGUGGCCAGUACUUCAUUUAUCCAAGCAAUGACCUUAACUGUCCAAAAGUGCUUAACAGAGAGUGGAAGAAAUGGGAUUUACAUUUUGACAACAUUGGUUGGUCGUUUCUAUCAAUAUACACAAUGAUAACUAAAGAAGGAUGGCAGGAUAUUAUGUAUCACGCUAUUGAUUCCCAUGAUGUUGGUGAAGGCCCUGUAUACAAUUUCAGUAGAUGGGCACUCGUUUAUCAUGUACUCUUCAUGGUUCUCGUCACAUUCUUUUUAAUCAAUUUAUUGGUCGGUUUUGUUAUUGUCACGUUUCAACAGAAUGGGAUAAAGCGAUACGACGAAGCAAAUCUCGACAGAAAUCAAAGAAAUUGCUUGUAUUUCUCUCUCACUUCUGUUCCAAGGAAGAAGUACAUACCACAGUUUUCCUUCCAUAAAAGACUUUAUUCUGUCAUUAAUUCUUGGCUUUGGCGUCUUGUCAUCAAUAUACUGGUCGCCAUUAAUGUCAUAAUAUUAUCCUGCCAGUAUUAUACUAAUAAUAAUACUAAUAAUAUGGACUCUCCGUCUAAACUUGAAGUUACCAUAUACUGGAUCAAUUUUGGGUUUACUAUUCUCUUCACUCUCGAGGCUGUUUUUAAAAUCAUCAUUUUAACGCCACCUCAUUACUUUCGAAGCUCGGAGAGAGGUUUUGAGUUUCUGUUGGUAAUUGGUUCCGUUUUAGAAUUAACAUUGCAAUCAGUUCUAGUUAGGGACUCUAACAGUAUCUGGAGAUACUCACAGAUUGCUAGUUGCCUUAGAGUCCUCAGGCUAGUACAAAUAUCCAAGAACACACGCCUCAUUGUGUGGACUGUGCUUCGUUCACUAGAGAUAUUUCCGUGGGUUGGUGUGUUACUCUUAGCAGUAUUAUUCACGUAUGCUAUUGUUGGAAUGCAGGUAUUUGGUCGUAUAAAGCCAGUUACGAUUGACAACAGCACUCAUAAUGCUAUACACCAAUACAACAAUUUUGCUAAUUUCCCUCAAGCACUGCUAGUGAUGAUAAGGUGUUUUACUGGUGAGAAUUGGGAACAGAUAAUGUUAGGAUCAGUGAAUGCCCUGUGUGUUGAUGAGGUACAGAAUCAGACCACUACCUGUGGAUCACCUUUCACUUAUUUCUUCUAUCCAUCAUUUCUUCUCAUCAGCUCUAUACUAGUCUUAAACUUAUUUGUCGCUAUUAUCAUUGAUAAUUUUGAUUAUUUUGUGCGUGACAAGGCAAUACUGGGCUCACAUGAUUUGACUUAUUUCUAUCAACUUUGGGCAAAACUGGAUCCAUCAGCAAGUGGUAAGAUUCACCAUACUGAGUUAAUAAAGUUAAUGAGAUCAGCUAAUCCACCAUUGGGUUGGGGCAGACUCUGUUCUCAAGUUUCAUGCUACAAAAGGAUGAUCUCACUGUCUAUACCAGUAGAUGAAGAUGGCAUGAUUGCAUUUAAUGCAACCUUGUUUGCGAUUGUUAGAGUAUCACUUAAAAUUGAUUCAUCGUGCGGCAAAAACAACAACAACAACUACAAUAGUCGUAGUGCUGAUUUAAGGUUAAAGCUACAAAGUGUUUUUCCAAAUUGUCCCAAGAAAAUUUUAGACAUUGUCCUCCCAGAGAGACCAGUGCGUACUACAAGUGAGGAAUAUGCUGCAUUGUUUAUUCAGCAGUUCUGGAGGAGAUGGAAACUAAAAGUUGAGAAACAGAGAGAGGGGAAGCCACAGCCUCACCAGCAGAGAAUGAGCAAUGUAUUACGACGUGUUCCUGAUAUGGGCCCAACAUUAUUGCAACGAAGACUGACAACUAUCAAUAUGGUGAAUGUUAGUAGUCGGUUAGCAGUAUCUCCCAGUGACACUAGUGCUGAUGAUACUUCUCACGGAUUAAGAGAAAUAGCCAGUACUGAUGUCCCGGUAUUGAAACCAAUCAGAUCUCUUCAUCUGAUAAGACUGGAACCAAUCACUGAAGGUAACGAUCAGGAAUCGGCAUCUGUUGAUCAGAAUUCAGCAUCUCGUGAUCAAAAACCAGCACCUGUUCCUCGAAAAUCUGUCUUGUUUGAUCAGGAAUCGAGUGCUCUUGAUCAGAAAUCAGCCUCUAUCAUUACUAAAGCUAAAAGUGUUGAUUCUGAUAUAUUUUAUGAUCCCGAAGUUGAUAGAUCCCCAUCACUGAUUGCUAAGAGACAGAGCGUUAUUUCUGACUCUGAUGCAUUAUUUUCUACGCCCACUGGGUCAAUGAUAUCACUUGAUUCGGCCAAAGCAAUCACAGAAACAACAGUUUAAUGUAAUCCAGAACAAUUUAGAUUUUUAUUCCAUCCCAACAUCAUUUUUAUAGCUUUCUAUGUAGCUCUCCUAUCUCUCUCUUCUCCCUGUAUCUCUGACCAUUAUAUGACUUUAGUAUAAUUUUAAUUUGAUUCUAUGUCUGCUGUCUCCUUCAUUUCCUCAUUCUAUUGUCUUCUGUCUCUCCCCUCGCUGUAUUUGUUGAUGAUCCUGCAAUCUGAGUACAUUAUUUUGUGUAAUGAAGUCCUAUAUGGUCAAUAUUUAUGCCAUAUUUGUACGUGA